CAAAAAUUAUCAAACAAUGUGCUUUUAAAGUUUGAAGAAGACGAGAAGUUCAAAAAGAGUUGAUAAAAACAAACGUUCCGAAAAUCACCUCCGGUAUGGAAGCGUAUGAGAUGUACAUUGCUAACAAGCUACAAGAAAUACGGUUUGGAAAACCAAGUGAAGUACGGAUUCUUCACUUCGGAGAAUUAAAAACAUGGACAUUUUGGCGAGCUGUACUAGCGGAAUUUGUAGGGACAUUAUUAUUUGUAUUUUUGGGAUGUGCAUCUGCAGUACCUAUCACUGGAGAGCCACAAUCAACUAUUAAGAUUGCAUUCGCUUUUGGAAUCUCCAUAAUGGCUUUAAUUCAAAUGUUUGGACAUAUUUCUGGCGGGAAUUUUAAUCCUGCAGUGUCGUUUGGAUUAGCAGCAAGCGGAAUCAUAACACCUGUCCGUGCAGUAUUAUACACAGUAGCUCAAAGCGUCGGAGCAGUACUCGGAGGACUCAUCUUAAAAGGGGUUACCGUAUCAACAUACCACAAUAACCUUGGUGUCACAUCCAUUAAUCCACUUUUAAAUGUUGGACAGGGAUUUGGUGUGGAAGUGAUUUUAACAUUUGUUUUGGUUUUUGUAAUUAUUUCCACUAUAGAUUCAAAUAGAACGGACGCUGGUAUGGCAUCGGUAGCUAUAGGACUAACAGUUGCAGUGUGUCACCUUGCCGGAAUUACAUACACUGGUUCAAGUAUGAAUCCUGCCAGAUCACUUGGUAGUGCUGUCGCCUCAAACAGUUUUAACGAUCACUGGGUUUAUUGGGUUGCUCCUAUACUUGGUGGAGUUAUUGCAGCAAUUUUAUAUAAAUUCCUUUUCUCUCCAUUCCGUAACGCUAUUCCGAUAGACGAAGCAGUAAACGAAUUAUUGCAAGAUGGUGACAUGAUUGUUAUUCCAAAAGAUUACUUUACUGGACAAAGUCAACAAAAGAUACACACUGUCAACAGUCAAUUAUAAGAUACACACUGUCAACAGUCAGUUAUAAGAUACACACUGUCAACAGUCAAUUAUAAGAUACACACAGUGAACAGUCAAUUAUAAGAUAUACACUGUCAACAGUCAGUUAUAAGAUAUUAUCUUUAUAAUAAACAUUCUCUUAUUGGCAUCUAAAAAUAUAAAGUUAUUAGAUAAAUUACUGUCUAAUUGUAGGAAGUACACUACUUCAAUUCAAGAAAACUUUUUUUUAAAGCUUGUAACACAUAAGCCAAAAUGUAGAUGUGUCCGUUAGCCUGUCUUUCUUUUCUCUUUAUUGAUAUAAGCAUUUAGCAAACUGUAAUUGAAGGUGGGAAAAAUUAUCAUAGAUUGUAAAUAUGUGAAGAUUUGAAAUGAAUGAAUAACUUAGUUUGUUAGAAUUGUAACAUAUUCUUCAUAAUUCCCUCUUAAAAUCUUCAUUCCUUCUUGUACAGAAUUGCAAGUAAGCCUUCGAAGAUAGCACAGUAAUACACACUCCUGUGUUGGGUUCAAUAGAGCAAUCAUUUUAUGCUACAAUAGUAGUUUUGGGGUUGGAAACAGGUAAACAAACAAAUGUGUAUUUAUUACAUUAAAGUGCUUUUUUACAUCUGGUCCAUAUUAGGAAAAUCAACAAUUCUAUGUUCUUUUUGCUGAUUAGAAAACUACAGUUAUACAGUUAUUUAUGAGCGUAAAAAUUCUGUUAUCAAUUCAGAAGGGAUAUAUAGAGUUGUUAUUAAAUAUGAGCCAGUCCCUGCGAAAAGGUACAAAAACGAAAAUUUUACGAAAUUCUAAACAGUGUGCAUAAUUAUUGGUAUUAGACUUGUGAUUUAUAAAAAAUACAUUUACUUUUCCUCAUAUCCUUAAGCCGUGAGCUACACGCACCUGGAAGUGUUGAGACCCCCCCCCCCCUCAUUAGUUUUAUCAAGAUCAAGAUUUUUAAUGAAUUAUUUCAUAUACUGUAAACCAACUUAUUUUCGCGGAUACUUUAUUUCGCGUUUUACCCUUUCUUGACCACUUCGCGGCUAUUUAAUUUCGCGAUUUUCUGAUUUACUUGAUUAAAUUUAAUAAGCAAAGAUCCAAGUUUGACAUAUUCGCGACGAUUUGUAUUUGCGUUAUUUUUCUACUCGCGAAAGUCGCGAAAAUAAAUCGCUCGCUAAAAUAAGUUGGUUUACAGUAUUUCAAUCAUUUUCAAAGUACAGUUUAAAUGGCUUGAUUUGCCAAUUGAUAAUGUUAACCACGGUAGCAGUGGGGAUAAGGCUCUCGCUUACAAUGCUGAUAUCAAUGCAAUCAGACCGGGCAACGGUUCGAAUCUCGUGCAACGAAGGUUGAUUUAUAUAAUAUUAAAUAACUUAACUUAACUUAUAAUAUUAAAUAACUUAACUUAACCUGAUAUUAAAUAACUUUACUUAAUAUUAAAUAACUUAACUUAAAAUUCAAUUUCUAAAACACAAGAGGUCAUAGUUUUUGUAUUUUCCCUCUUGUUUUAAUGUUGUCUUACUUUUCUUAAACCGAUAAAACUGAAGAAAAUUAUUGAUUUUUGUCUCUCUAGUGUCAUAAAAUUUGAUGUUUCUGGUCGGUAUGGCAUUGGUCCGGGGAACAAAUGAAUUUACACUUGCUUAAAAACCAAAAAUUCAGAUUUUUCUACGUCUUUUGCUGUUUUCAUUGACAAAUUCGGGAUAGAAUUGACAAUCUUAUGAAUGUUUAAAUUAAUUUAAUUUUUUUUCGGAUAAAAUCGUUUUUCAAAAAUAUUAUAACAAACUUUCAUAACGUGUCCUGAAAAGUUUAUCAAAAGGACUGUUUGUACUUUUUCGCAUGGACUGGCUCAUAAUAGAUGUAUUAUUGGUGCUCAUAUUUAGUAUGAUAAAUAGGAUCUUAUCCUAGCAAAGCUAGUCAUGAAACAAACAUUCAAAUGCACUAAAAUGUAUGUUCAUAAACAUUUCAUCAUCACUAAUAAACUGUAUAGAAACUAAUACUUGUGACGUCAUAUAAUAUAUACAUUUUUUAGAAACUAUAACGCUGAUUUAUGAAAUGAAACUUAUAUCAUACAUUAUAUCAAAACGGAAUCAUUGAAAUUAAAUCUGUUUGUGUCUGUUAAAAAAAAUCAAUCGGACUAAAAUAAAAAGGGACAAGGGAACUAUUUUAUUUCGCUUUUGAAUUGUUAUGAAAGUCGAAAGAUGUUUUUCAAUUACAUAACGAUAACCAAAGCUAAGAAAGGUACUAUUUGAAAUAAGAUGUAGAUUUUUUUUCAGAAGGUUAAAAUUGUAAUGCUCAAAUUAUGUGAACGCUGUCUUUAUUUUAUAUGUUAUUAAUGAGAGAAAAUGUUAUCCAUUUGUUACAUUAUAAUAUCGUAUAUACAUAUAUUCCAAUGGAAAAAUGUCUGUUUUAUAUAUUAUAUAGAAUGUUUUACUUUAAGUUUUAAACUGGGAUGUAUAAAAGAAAAGUAGUUUUUGUUACUAUGUUUUUUUUAAUGAACAGCAUGCAUUGUAUCUUCGUUAUGACAAUUGAUAGGUUUUAUAUGCAUUAAUUGAUGACAGAAAAAAAAAAAUGAAAUAAUUAGGAAAAUAAAUAAAACACAGCAGUACCUAUCAAGUAAAUGCGAAGACUUCCAAUUUUAUAAGAUCUUGAUUUUUUAAAGUUAUUAAUCCUUUUUUUAUACCAGGCUUGGGAUAAACAUUAUUUGGUUUUGUCAUUAUAUCCUAUUGUAGAAAUAACAUUAGACGUUGGUCAUAUAUCCACGAAGCAGCAACCCAAGAACACAAAUAUUUGUGACAUUAAUAGGUCACCAAUCGAGUUUUUUUUAAGGUUUUCAAAUAAGAUUUCAAUUAUACAUAUUUUGUAAAGACUUCUACAUGUCCUAAUAGAUACUUUUUGAAGAGACUAGCACGGUGAAAAGAAGGUAAACAUAACAAAAGCCUAGGACAAUUAGAAAAGACUAAUGUUUGACAAUAUUGUGUCCCCUGUUUACGCAUGCAAUCACAUAUAAAUGUAACAUGAUUAAUGUUAAAAGAACAAUUACACUAACAUUAUAAUGUUCUUAUUAUCAUGUUCUUAUCAUCGUAAUUCCACUGAAAUAGAUAAACACUUUAUGUUUUUUUCAAACAAUGUUUGUCUUGUUACU